AUGCGGACCCUUUGUGUACCCGGAAAGCGACUCACCGCGUUUGCCUGGGAAGGAAGCGGAUCGCUGCGUCUGGCUCUUGCAGUUGACUCAUUCAUCUACUUUGCCAACCUUCGGCCUGCCUACAUCUGGGCCUAUUGCCCGACUGCGAACAGCCUCAUCUAUUUGCUGGCACCUCAACCCAUCGUGAAGAAUGGAGUCGCACCCUCGGGUGGUGCCUGCGACCUGAUGGCUGGCGAUGCAAGUACCGGCCCGGCCUCGAGCUCAGCAUCUGCCAGCUUUAGGGCAAAUGCUGGACUAGAAGGAGGGGGCAGAAUAGCUGGAGUUGGUGGGGCCAGUUGUUUGGAGUCUGGUACCCCAGAGCCACACUGCAUUGUGGCGUCAAAAGGCCAACAAAGUGGAGCUGGUGUUAGUUCAGGAAUAGCAGAAUCUAGAGUGAACUUUUGGAAUGUGAAAAACAAUAAAGUUAGUGAUAAUGAACUUCAAAUGAGUAAAGCAGCAUAG